AUGAGCCCCAUGCAGAAAAGAGCCACUUUUUUGUCUCCUAGUAAACAGUCUCCACGAGUCGAAAUUGACGUUAAUUUGCCCUCUGUGAAAGAGGAAAUGAUGCAGGAGUACGAAACAAUGGCACUGAAGUCGUAUACACUAAAGUUGAAAGAGGCUGAGAUAACUUUUUAUCCUCCGAAAAGUCCCUCUACCAAGCGUCUCCACUCACACCCAGGGACCAGGUCGAGAGUUGCAGCAUCGUCAACAAGCUCUGAGGGUUCCUUCAGUGAACCGUCAUCAUCGUCAGACGUGCUGGCCGCGGGAAGUAAGAGCUUUGGAUGCGGCGACUGUGGAAAAACCUUUGCCACAAAGCAGGGCUUGAGCAUUCAUUUUAAGAAAGACACAAAAGAGACACCAUUUGAGGGUGACGUGUGUGGGAAACAUUACUCAAAGAAAGCGUGUCUCACCAAGCAUAUUAUGACACAUUUUAAUGAAUCAACACGCGCCAAUUGA